AUGUCUGCUGAAGAUUUAUCGAUCGGGAAUGAAUUACGAGAUUCAUACAAGAUCACAUCUAAAUGGAUCGCCAAUGGUACGAAUUGGCUUAGUGACAUCGACGAAUUCUAUCGUGAACGUUCCAAUAUCGAAAGAGAAUAUGCCACGAAAUUGACUCUUUUAUGUAAGAAACAUUUCGAUAAGAAACUGAAAAUAUCUGCUAGUUUAUCCGUUGGUGAUGAACCUCAAAUCACCCCUGGAUCUUUAGAAUGUGCAUCUUUGGUGUUAUGGUCAGAUUUAUUGACCCAAACAGAAGCGAUUGCUAAUGAACGGAUGAAUUUGGGUGGGGAAUUCCUGACUAAGAUAUGUAACAACCUUGUGGGUUUGAAAGCAAAAUGUGAAAGAAUUUCUCGUCAGGUUGAACAAAUCAAUGAGUAUUUAACACAAGAAAAGAAGAAUGUUGAAGACGAAGUGUUGAAAGCCAAGAAACACUAUGAUACUUUAUGUCAAGCUACUGAAACUGCUAGAGAGAAGACGGAAAGAUCAGAAUCUGGGAAAUAUCAAGAAAGAUUGGAUAAAAAGACAGUUGAAAUGAACAUUGGGAAAAAUGAAUACUUGAUUAAAUUAAAUGUUGCAAAUAGACUUAAGGAUAAAUAUUAUUAUCAAGAUGUUCCUGAAAUAUUAGAUUAUUUCCAAGAAUUGAAUGAAAAUAGAGUCGGAAUUUUAAAUAAGUUAUUAAAGAAUGCGCUGAUUAUCGAAAGAAACAGUAAUGACAAAAUCAAGGAGAAAUUACAUCUGAUUGAUGAAACGAUUGAUCAAAACAAUCCUAAAUUGGAUGUCGCCAUGUUUAUCAAACACAAUUCCUUAGACUGGAAAGAGCCUCCUGACUUCUAUUUCAUUCCGUCAAGUAUCUGGCAUGACGAUGAAAGUUUGGUAACAAAGGAACCGGAAUUAACUGUCUUGAAAAAGAGAUUAAACGUUGCCCUGGGAGAAUAUGCCACAUAUGAACAAUCAUGUUUAGAUAUCAAACAAAAACUAGAAGAAAGUACAGCAGCAAGAAAGGAAGCCGAAAAGAACCUCACCCUUAAAUUUGACGGAGGAUUACAAGCCUCACUUUCAAUAUUACAAAAGUUUAUGAAGGAAGAUACAAUCAGAGUUCGAAAUGAGGUUGAAAUUGAAGUAAUUCAAAAUUUCGCCGGUGAUAAGGAUUUAACAUAUAUCGCUCCAAUCGAACGUAAGAAAUCCAAAUUUGGGUUCUUGAAAAGAAAAUCCACCAAGGAAAGCAUAACACCUUCUCUGGAUGUUGCAUCUUCCGAUUCACAUUCAUUACAUACGGUGAAAACAAACAAUACUGCAUCGUUGGCACAUACGGGAAUCUUCAACCUUCGGAGAAACAAAACUUCUUCUUCCACCAAAACCUCUGGCUCAGGGUCAGGUAAACCAACCGCGAAGGCACUUUAUGCUUAUGCUGCGGGUGGGAAUGAUGAGACUAGUAUAUCCGCAGGUGACGAAUUAACAGUAGUCGAAGAAGAUACCAACGGAUCGGGUUGGACUAUGGUCAAUGGACCAAACGGACCAGGAUUGGUCCCAACGGCCUAUAUCCAAAUAUCCGCUCCUGUUCCACAUACUCCACCAUCAGGCGACACCCCGGCUCAGAAAAAGAAAGGUCCGAUGGUUAUGCCUAGACGAGGAGCGAAGAAGAUUCAGUAUGUGGAAGCGUUGUAUGAUUAUACCGCUGAUGGUGAUGAUGAAUUGAGUAUACGUGCGGGAGAUCGGAUUGUUCUAGUACAAGAUGAUACUGAUGGAAGUGGAUGGACUGAAGGUGAGUUGAAUGGGGCAAAGGGUUUAUUCCCUACUAGUUAUGUUAGAAAGGUGUAG